AUGGUCAGAUCGGGCGCAACCACCAUCCGGCGGACGUACUCGAGUAACUCGAUGCGUGUGCAGAAGAUUUCGGUUGGGCCGAAGAGCUUUACAAAGAUCAAGAUGCUCGGCAAGGGUGACGUCGGCAAGGUGUACCUGGUGCGCCACAAGGAGACGGGCAAGCUGUAUGCCAUGAAGGUGCUGGCCAAGGCUGAGAUGAUCAAGCGCAAUAAAAUCAAGCGCGUUUUGGCCGAACAGGAGAUCUUGGCGACGGCCAACUUCCCCUUCAUCGUCACGCUGUACCACACGUUUCAGAGCGACGAGCGUCUUUAUUUCUGCAUGGACUACUGCAUCGGUGGUGAGUUCUUCCGCGUGCUGCAGUCGCGUCCCGGCAAGUGCCUUCCCGAGGAGGACGCAAAGUUCUAUGCUGCCGAGGUCACCUGUGCGCUCGAGUACCUACAUCUCUCUGGGUUUAUUUACAGAGACCUCAAGCCAGAAAAUAUCCUGCUGCACGAAACGGGGCACAUCAUGCUGACUGAUUUCGACCUGUCAAAGCAAUCCGACCCACCAGGCUCGCCCACAGUGAUGAAGAACUCGACAUUUUUCUACAGCCUGCCUUCGGUGGAUACGCGCUCAUGCACAGCUGGCCUGCGCACAAACUCAUUCGUGGGCACCGAAGAAUACAUCGCACCCGAGGUCAUCAAGGGCGUCGGUCACUCGAGCGCCGUUGACUGGUGGACACUAGGAAUUCUAAUUUUCGAGAUGCUUUACGGCAGCACGCCCUUCAAGGGCUCAAACCGCAAUGCGACAUUCCGCAAUAUCCUAAAGUCCGAUAUUGUGUUUUUGGGCCCACCAACCCACCAAGUAAUCUCUGCGUCCUGCCGGGCAUUGGUGCGGCGGCUUUUGGCCAAGAGUGACAAGAAGAGGUUGGGCUCGCGGGCGGGCGCCGCUGAUGUGAAGCAGAACCCGUGGUUCAAGAAUAUUACUUGGGCGCUCUUGCGUAACCGUACGCCGCCGAUCCUGCCGCUGGCAGAUCCGCAGAAGCAGCAGUUGUUGCAGUUUGCAUUGACUUAUGAGCCGGAUUCGACGUCGUUGGAUAUUGAGAGAGAGAACUUGUGGACUACGGAUCCGAAUCGGAAGGGCGUGGAUCCUUUUGAAAAAUUUGAGUCUAUGACGAUUCUUCACGAUUGCGAUGAGGACUUUGGCGUGUAUGUUCAGAAGGAGAACAGUUCAGAUUCGAGGUGGACUGAGGGCGACUCGACGGCUGUGGAGCACGACUAA